CUCACAUGUGCUGAAAUGUCUGCCUCUGACAAACUCCUGAGCACUCUCCUCGGCACCCUCUUGAGGCCCUGGUGAGGGCAGCCUGCCUACCCACCGCUGCAGUACUGAGCCAGCAGGACCGCCGGGCCUUCAGAGCUGCAGGUACAAGGUGCCAACAUGGAGUCUGACCUCUGCUGACCGGACCCAGGCAGGAGGCGUGCCACCAAGAAAGGCGGCCUGUAACCCGUCCCCAUGGCUUCCCCCAUGGCAGAGAGCCAGCUCCAGAGAAUCAUCCGUGAUUUGCAAGAUGCUGUGACAGAGCUGAGCAAAGAAUUCAAAGAAGCAGGGGAGCCCAUUACGGACGACAGCACCAGCCUGCAUAAAUUUUCUUACAAACUUGAGUAUCUCCUGCAAUUCGAUCAGAAGGAGAAGGCUACCCUUCUGGGCAAUAGGAAGGACUACUGGGAUUACUUCUGUGCCUGCCUGGCCAAGGUGAAAGGAGCCAAUGAUGGGAUCCGAUUUGUCAAGUCGAUUCCUGAGCUCCGAACAUCUUUGGGAAAAGGAAGGGCAUUCAUUCGCUACUCCUUGAUGCACCAGAGGUUGGCAGACACCUUACAGCAGUGCUUCAUGAACACCAAGGUGACCAGUGACUGGUACUAUGCGAGAAGCCCCUUCCUGAAACCAAAGCUGAGCUCCGACAUUGUGGGCCAGCUCUAUGAGUUGACCGAGGUUCAGUUUGACCUAGCAUCGAGAGGCUAUGACUUGGACGCCGCCUGGCCCACCUUUGCCAGGAGGACGCUGGCCACUGGCUCUUCUGCUUAUCUGUGGAAAGCCCCCAGCCGAAGCUCCAGCAUGAGCAGUUUGGUGAGCAGCUACCUGCAGACUCAGGAGAUGGCCUCUGGGUUUGACGUGAGCAGCCCCUUAAACAACGAGGCACUGGAGGGCUUUGAUGAGAUGCGGCUGGAGCUGGAUCAGCUGGAAGUACGGGAAAAGCAGCUGCAGGAGCAAAUGCAACAGCUGGACAGAGAGAACCAGGAGCUGAGGGCGGCUGUUAGCCUGCAGGAAGAGAAGCUGCAGAUGGAGAGGGAGCGGGGGCGCACCGCUGCUGAGGACAACGCCCGCCUCACUCACAUGAUGGCCGAGCUCCAGAAGCAGUGGGAGAUCACCCAGGCGACCCAGAGCACCGUGAAGGAGCUCCAGAAGUGUCUGCAAGCCCUGGAGCUGGGGGCAGCAGAGAAGGAGGAGGAUUACCACUCGGCCCUGCGGCGGCUGGAGUCCAUGCUGCAGCCUCUAGCGCAGGAGCUUGAGGCCACACGGGACUCGCUGGGCGGGAGGAGCCAGCAUUCAGCUAAUGUCCCCAAGCAGCCAGGCAUGGCUGAGCAGAAGGCAGAUAUGGCACUGGACACACAGGGGCAGCAAGAGCUCCUCCCCAAGGACUCGGCCCUGGCAGUCCAGGAGCUGCAGGAGAAGCUUGGAGCCCUGGAAAGAGAGAGCACUGAGGUCCAGGAGCUCAACAGGCAGCAGAGUGCCCAGCUGGAGCAGCUGGCCAAGCAGCUGCAGCUGAAGGAGGAGGCCCGAGCCAGCCUGGAGCACCUGCUGAAAGAAAUGGCCCCGCUCCGGGAGGAGCUGUCUGGGAAGGGGCAGGAGGCAGCCCAGCUCCAGCGACAGCUGCAGGAUUCUCUCGCCCACUUGAGUUCCCUGGAGAAGGAGCUGGCAGAGGUAAGGCAGGAGGAGCGGCAGUGGCGGGAGGAGAAGGAGCUGCUGGAGCAGGAGGCCAGGUCCCUGGCACGGCAGCUCCAGCUCCAAGAGACCCAGCUGGCACAGCUGAGCCAGCAUGUGAGUGACCUAGAGGAGCAGAGGAAGCAGCUCAUCCGUGACAAAGACCACCUCAGCCAGAAGGUGGGGAUGCUGGAGCAGCUUGCCGGGCAGCCAGGCACAGGUCUGCCCCCGGCUGGUGAGAAGUUUGAGGCCCCGGGCCUCCCAGAUCCCACCCCACAGCCAGAGGAGGAGCCGAGAAGCCCACAGGAGGGACAGACAGGUGAUACCCAGAUGCGAGGCAGUAGUCGGGAGAAGGAGCUCCAGCAGGCCAACAAGGAGCUGGAGAAGGAGCUGCAGAAUGUGCGUGAGACCAACAGGCUGCUUGAGGGCAAGCUGCAGGCCCUGCAGGCUGAUUACCAGGCCCUGCAGCAGCGGGAGACAGCCAUCCGGGGCUCCCUGGCCUCCCUGGAGUCCGAGCAGGCCAACAUCCGGCACAUGGGUGACCAGAUGGAGGCAAGCCUCCUGGCUGUGAGGAAGGCCAAGGAGACCAUGAGGGCCCACGUGGCAGAGAAGCAGGCCGCCCUGCAAAGCAAGGAGGCUGAGUGCUUGCAGCUGCAGGAGGAGGUGGAGAGGUGCCGGCAGCUAGCAGAGGCCCGGGAGAGGGAGCUCAGAGCUCUUGAGAGCCAGUGCCACCAGCAGACUCAGCUGAUUGAAAGCCUCACGACAGAGAAAGGCCCACAGGGGCUCGGCCCACCCAAAGACAGUGCACCCCAGGAGCCAGCAGCCCAGCUGGCCCUGUGUCAGGCCCCAGCAGAGACCCAGCAGGGGGAGGCUGGGUACCUGCAGGCUGGGGUGAUGGACCUUCAGGCUAAGCUCCAGGCAGCCCUGAAUGACCAGGAGAGGGUUCAGAGCCAGUUGAGCAUGGCUGAGGCCGCUCUGAGGGAGCACAGGGCCCUCGUGCAGCAGCUGAAGGAGCAGAACGAAGUCCUCAGGAGAGCCCAUGGUCCAGAGCCCCUGCAGUGCUUGGAGUGUGAAGGGGCACCGCGGGAGGAGAGGGAUGAGGAGGAGCAGUCCCAGGCAGAACACGGCACCCUGGAGGCUCAGCUAGAACAUGCCGAGCCGCAGGAACAGCUGUCCAGGGCCAGCACGGGUGUGGACGAGCCAGGCGUCCGUAUCUGCUCUCAGCUUGUGGAAAAACAGACAGAGGUGGCCCUGGCCCGUGCCGUCCAGGAGCUCCAUGACACCAAAGAGGUGGCUUCGAGGGAGCGAGAGGGCCUGGAACAGCAAGUGGCAGGACUGCAGCGAGAGAGGGACAGCUUGCAGGAGAGGCUGAAGGUGGCGGAGGAGGUGGCCCGCUCCCUGCCCAGCCUCCAGGCCCAGCUGGCUCAGGCCGAGCAGCAGGCCCAGAGCCUCCAGGAGACCGCGCACGAGGAGUUCAAUGCUCUCAAGUUCCAGCUGAGCACCGAGAUCAUGGACCACCAGAGCAGACUGAAGACUGCAAAUGAAGAGUGCAGGAGCCUCCGGGACCAGCUGGAGGAGCGAGGCCGGCAGCUGCAGGCCUCUGAGGAGGCGGUGGAGGAGUUGAAGGCUGCCCAGGCCGAUCUGGGAGAGCAGCUGAGCAGCACCAGCAAGCGCCUUUCCGAGUGCCAGGCUGCCAUGCAGAAGAAGGAUGAGGAGGGGGCCGCCCUGCGUGAGAGUUUGGACAGGACCCAGAAGGAACUUGAAAAAGCCACAACAAAAAUCCAGGAGUAUUACAACAAACUCUGCCAGGAGGUGACAAACCGGGAGAAGAAUGACCAGAAGAUGCUCGCGGACCUGGAUGAUCUGAACAGAACCAAGCAGUACCUGGAAGAACGUCUGAUUGAACUGCUCAGGGACAAGGAUGCUCUCUGGCAGAAGUCAGAUGCCCUGGAAUUCCAACAGAAGCUCAGUGCUGAGGAGAAGUGGCUCGGGGACACAGAGGCGAGCCACUGUCACGACUGCAAGCGAGAGUUCAGCUGGAUGGUGCGGCGGCACCACUGCAGGAUCUGUGGCCGCGUCUUCUGUUACUACUGUUGCAACAACUACAUACUGACCAAGCACAGUGGCAAGAAGGAGCGCUGCUGCCAAGCCUGCUUCCAGAAGUUCAGUGACGGCCCUGGCUCCCCUGAUAGCGCCAGCUCGGGCACCAGCCAGGGGGAGCCCAGCCCUGCACUGUCACCAGCCCAUGCUGGAUCCCAGGCUGCCAGAGGCCAAGGUGUAGACACAGACUACAGGCCGCCCGACGAUGCUGUGUUUGACAUCAUCACAGAUGAGGAGUUGUGCCAGAUCCAGGAGUCUGGCUCCUCCUUGCCUGAGACACCCACUGAAACCGACUCCAUCGACCCAAACCUGCCCGAACAGGAUACCAUGUCAACCUCGCUCACCCCUGAGGACACUGAAGACAUGCCGCUGGGACAGGAUGCCGAGAUCUGCUUGCUGAAGUCCGGAGAACUGAUGAUAAAAUUACCCCUCACGGUAGAAGAGAUCGCCAACUUUGGGGAGAGCAACAGGGAGCUGUUUGUGCGGUCCAGUACCUACAGCCUCAUCCCUAUCACCGUGGCUGAGGCAGGCCUCACCAUCAGCUGGGUCUUCUCCUCCGACCCUAAGAGUAUCUCCUUCAGUGUGGUCUUCCAGGAGGCAGAGGACACACCGUUGGAUCAGUGUAAGGUCCUUAUCCCCACAACCCGAUGCAGCUCCCACAAGGAGAACAUUCAGGGCCAGCUCAAGGUCCGCACACCAGGCAUCUACAUGCUCAUCUUCGACAACACCUUUUCCAGGUUUGUCUCCAAGAAAGUGUUUUAUCACUUGACAGUUGACAGGCCUGUGAUCUACGAUGGAAGUGAUUUCCCGUAGCCUCAAGCACCUGGAUUCUAGAUUCUAAUAGUUUCACUUUAUGCACAGGAAACACUACUCUUGCUCACCUGUCACAUAAAGCACUAAAAAAAAAAAAAAAAAAAAGGCGGGGGCCAACCGCUCCAAAUCUAACCAGUGUGUGACUCUGGGAGACAGGCCUCCGGCCGCCCCUCAGAGCUGCAUUGUCUGGAGCGCUGUGUACUUAGCACUACGCACGGUCACUCUUAGCCUCCAUGGCUUUUAAGGGCUCAAGCAAUGUUUCCAGUGAUUAGGGAUCCACCUGUCCUCACAUCCAAAGGGACAUUCUGCCAAAGGUUUAAACACUCAGGAGACCUUCAGCCUCUCCUGGAGCCACAGCUGGCUCCCUGCCUCCCGAGGAGAGUUGCCCAGGCCAGAUCAGGGAUCCCAACUUCUGCUCCCGGAGAGAAGCGCCCCACUCUGCCCAGCGGGGGACAGGCAUCCUACGUGACCAUGAGCCGGGAUGUCCCGGCCAGACCCUGUGAGUCCUCAGGCUGCGAGGCCUCUCACAGGGCCAUCGUGACAGUCAGGGCACCCUGGGGUGGACUGGGGAGCCUCCUGAAGCCCCAGUCAGCCUCUUGCCAUUAGGCCUCUGUCCCUUCCUGCCCCCAUUAAUUUGGGGCUGCUCCAAAACUCGGCAGUUUUGGAGGGGCCACUAGCUGCACUUUCUUCCUGGCCCUUCUGGGAAGAUCUGCCCUCAUGCAAAGCCCUUCACUCAGGCAGGCCCCUCAGUAGUUCAAAACAUGGCCCUAGAAAUCAGAACUAAAGACUGCCGGGGAAACCAACGCCACACACAGAGGACGUAUCCUGCAGUGGCUGUCUCCACACUGAGGCUGAAGCCCCCGCUGGCUCGCGGCGCCGCCCUCAGCACAGGCAGUGCUGUGCGCUGGCCCUUAGGACUCACUCCUCAGCUGAUGGGCUGUCUCUGUAUAAGAGCCUCUGCCUCAUCCGCAGAUGUGUUUACUAAUGAUCAUAAUCAGGGUAAGAACCACUUUCAGAAACUUCAGCCUUCUUAUCAAAAGUCUUUGGUAACUCAGGUGCAACAGGCAUAAUUCAUGAAUCUGUUUUGAGUUCCCUCCUCGGCCCUACUGCCCAUUGGUCUGUUCCCCAGCACCCCAUGUGCCCACUUCCUGUGGCUCAGCCCACCCCUAAGAACCAGGAGCCAUCUCCCCUUGAGGGCCGAUGAAUCCCGCUUCCCUUUGCUGGCCUCUUUGGGCCUUGUUCACGGAGGCCGGAGCCUGAAGUCAGGGCUUAGACACUUUCACAGGCAAGCAGGCCAUCUGACAACGCAGACCGCUUUGGCCAGGUGAGACGCACCAGGCAGAGUGUCUGGGGAUCUGAGUGCUGGGCCCAGCCUGUCCCCCAGCUGGUCUGGUGACCAGUCAAGUCACACCACACGGACACUUCAUCCUGUCACCCGCAGGCUUGGUCAGGCUGGUACUGAGAGCCUGAGCACAGGUCAGGGCACCCAGGCCAGGUCCAGUGCAGACCCCUCCGGCCACCACCCAGCAGAGGGGACUCGUGCAGCAGGGGGAGGGGGAAAUAACCUCCGUGAUGGACUCAGAACUUUCACUCAGAUAGGGGACUUGGCCACUUGCAGUUCAUUUUAGGCAGGGCAGCGGGCAGAGUGGUGAAUUUUCCCAAGAGAUUAACCCAGAGAGAAGCCGAACCUGUCCUGCUCUUUCCUUGGAGCAGCCGCUGCCUCUAGCAGAAAGCCACCAGGCGCCCUAGCAUCUCCCAGUGGCCAAGGCCUUGACCGUGCUCAGCAGCCAGACUCCCAGAGACUCUCCCUAGCCUCACACUUGUCCUCACAGGUGUGCUACAGGGCAGCGGAUUGUUCCAGAGCAAGUUGUCCUGCCUUUGAACCCACCCUCUCCCCUGGAAAGGGUCAUCGGAAUUAGUGGUCUGCCACAAGAAAGAAACUAACAAAAGAACCCAAAGCAGUCUGGAGUCUUGUUUCGAGUACUUUCCCAGGAUGCUAUGGAGACUGGCCAGCUGAUGGUGUCGCCACCAUCCUGUGCAGCUAACAGCUCCUGUGUUUCCUGUGAAAGGCCUGGAACAUUCCAUCCAAGCCCCCCCCCCCCCCUUGUGAACCUCUGUCACUCAGCCGGCAGGGGACCAACUACACCUUAAAGACGACAUGGUUCUCACGAAGCCAGCCCUGCUGUAGGAGAGCAGGGGCCCCUUGUGGUGUGCACCCUCUGGGGCAUUGACCAUAGUAGUUCAGAGGACCUGCUCUCCCCCAGCGGCCAUGUCCUGAUGCCGUCGCCUAUUUAUUUUCAUGCUGGACAGACUUUUCCUUCAUUAUUUUGCCGUGUGAGCUCGAGUUUGCUGUGCAUUAUGCAACUAGAGAACAUGGUGGCGUAUUUCAGUGUGGCUUGUAUGAAUAGCUUUAUUCCUAUUUUAAAGAGGUUCCCGACUUUACUGAGGUUUUGGGGGUUGAGAUACUUUUAAAAAAUGCAGAUGACAAUGAAGAGCAACUAUUGAAAGUGGUAGCCCCAGCCAGUAGACUGACACUAGAAAUCAUCAAUGGGACCCCAGAUCACUAUUCAGCACAAAACAAAACAAGACGAAAACCCGGCAGCCCCUGGAUGGCCCAGCUCUCUGAAUAACAGCCACUUGCUCUGUAGUACCGAUCCCACUACCUUGUUCGUCUCUGCCUCAGAAGCCACUAAGCAACCUUGCCGAGAAUUCAGCCUCUCAGACAUGCUCACUUGCAGCAAGGAAGGGCGUCAGGAUAAAUCGUGGCAUCCACGGUGCACUUGUGGCCGGAGUCCGCUGGACUCCAGGUCAACCAGACCAAGAAGGAAUCUGGAACUGAAAAACCCCACCGGGUCUGUAAAGUAGAAAAAAACCACAUAAUAUAACUGAAAAAUCAAGGGAAUGGUUUUUCUGAAAUUUUUCAGUUAUCCACUCCCUGUUCCUCCCCCCAAGGUGGUUAAGCCAUUCUAGACUCAAAUGAAAGGAAAUCCCCAUUUGGAGGUGAAAUCCCAGAAUUUGUGCUUUACAGGCCACUGGUUAGAUGUCUGCCCAUUUUUAAAGUUUUUUCGGAGUUUCAUUUUUUAAAGUUCGCCUUUAUAACUACAUGUAAGACCCCCAUUCCUGGCUCCAAGGGACUGAGAGUGAAAGCAGAGAGAAGCUGUCUGUGAUUCCGAGAACCAGCGGUCACCCUUACAGAGACCAGUGAGCCAGCCAGCCGUGUUUACAAAACACAGAGCGAAAGGCAUUGCUUAGAGGAAACCUGGAGUUUUUCUCAUUGCGUUGUGAUUCUUCCAAGGAGAUAGGGAAUGCUUAAUUAAUAAUGCCUUUUCCCCCAUAAUUGCUUUUUAAAGAUAAUAAAGUCUAUCUUUAGAUUUCAGUAGACAUCGCCAAUGAACAGGCUUCCUUAGAACCUCAUAAUGAGUGUUAUCCAGAGAUGCUUCUGCCUCUGGGGGCUGCAGAGCAACAUCCAUGCCUCCGUUGAGCAGCUCCAAAUCAGAAUUGCAUUUUGAUUGACAAAUCCUCAAUUCUCGAGGCCUUAUGGGGUAGUGGGUCUGGGAACCCAUUGCAUUCUUACCUGCCAAAGAAUUACCCAGAAGCACAUCCAAUGCCAACACCCCACCUGCGCAGUAGGGGUGAGAAACUUUUAUAUCUCAAAUGUAUCCCUUUAUAGCAUCUGCUGCACCAUUGGGAAUGGUUUUAUUUUUAACCUCAGGAUUUAAAUAAAGCAAACACUAUGACAUGG